UUAAAACAUUAUGCGCGCUCCUGGUCGAAACGGAGAACACUGAGAGAAGUGAAAAAGCGCAACAAAAAAUAUAUAUAUAUUUAGCCGUCUGUAAAUUACUACAUCGUUGAGCAAUAACUAAGCUACACAAUGUCUGAAGAAAAGCCAAAGGAAGGAGUGAAGACUGAAAACGACCACAUCAACCUAAAGGUUGCGGGUCAAGAUGGGUCAGUAGUCCAGUUCAAAAUUAAAAGGCAUACUCCGCUCAGCAAGCUGAUGAAGGCGUACUGCGAAAGACAGGGUUUGUCAAUUAGACAGAUAAGGUUUAGGUUUGACGGACAGCCUAUUAACGAGACUGACACACCUGCACAGCUUGAGAUGGAAGACGAGGAUACUAUUGAUGUCUUUCAACAGCAGACUGGCGGCUCUCCUCUCUCCCCUCUCUGAGGCUCCUCUCUCCCCUCUCUCUCUGAGGCUCUCCUCUCUCCCCUCUCUCUCUCUGAGGCUCUCCUCUCUCCCCUCUCUCUCUCUGAGGCUCUCCUCUCUCCCCUCUCUCUCUCUGAGGCUCUCCUCUCUCCCCUCUCUCUCUCUGAGGCUCUCCUCUCUCCCCUCUCUCUCUCUGAGGCUCUCCUC